AUGCCCUGUCGCUCCCAGUGUGUCGCUGCCGCCGCGGGGGUUGCCGCUGUGUCGCUGGCGCUGCUGCUCCGACGGAAGCGCAAAGUCGCAAAGGCCUUUCCUCCGGCGAAAGCCGUGGAGGAUCCAACGCGGCGUGGCUUGCGGAAGCAAGAUCUCCCUGAAGAAGCGGAUGCCAUUGUCAUUGGCGCAGGCCCGGCCGGCUUGUCCCUGGCAGUGCUGCUGGGGAACUUUGGUCGAAAGGUCCUGGUUUUGGAGCAACACGAUCGUGCGGGGGGUGGAUUGCAUAGCUUUACCGAACAAGGCUAUGACUUUGAAACAGGGUUUCACUACGUUGGAGAGUUGAAACCAGGUCAAGAACUUCGCGCGAUUGUGGAUUCCAUCACGAACCACGAGGUCACGUUCACGAACCUGGAACGUUCCGAUGGGAUUUACGAUCGCGUGGUCUUUGAGAAUGACUCUGAAAACAUCGGCGUGCCGAAUGGCAUGAAGAGAUGGCUGCAGCUCCUGGAAGAGAAGUUUCCAGAAGAGCAAAAAGCAAUCCAGGAAUACGGCCGCGAUUUGGAGGCUGCCACGGUGACUUUCUUUCCCCUGAUGGUCUGGCGGACCUUGCCUUUCGAGUGGCUGCGACGGCUGCUGCGACCUUUGUUGGCUGCCCCUGGGAUGAAGCUUUCAAUGCCCGCGGGCGAGCGCAUGGACGAACGAGCUCACAAGGUCCGUUGCAUAGGCACGCUGCUGACCCUGUCCUAUUCGAACUUGACAAGGUCCAUUUUGGGCGUGCAGGUGCACUUUUCGGAAGGUGCCUACUUUCCUGAGGGUGGACCUCCCGCCAUCACCCGAGCCAUGGUCCGAAAGAUUGAAAGCCAAGGAGGCCGCGUCUUCGUGCGCGCCCGCGUGGAGGGCUUGUUGUGGGACCAGCACGGGGACGUCGAGGGCGUGGUGUUGGAAAAGGAGCAGCUGCGGGUGAAAGCGCCCUGGGUAGUCUCGAGCAUCGGUCUUCACAGCACCGAACAGUUUUUGCAGGAGAAACCCUGCCACAAAGCCUUCCUGCAACGGCUCUCACCCCUGGAACGGACGCACGGCCAUCUCUUCCUCUUCGUUGGUCUACGUGGCUCUGCGGAGGAAUUGAAGUUGCCCAGCAACAAUCUCUGGGUGUUGCCUGGCGAGGACUUAGCCAAAUGCAUGGAGGAGUUCCAAGCUGAUCCCACUGCUCCUUUUGGCUACGUCGGCUUGGCCUUCCCAAGCGCCAAGGACCCGUCCUAUAGCGCGCGCCAUCCAAAUCGCUGCACCUGCGCUGUGGUGGCAGGUGACGCACCUUGGGACUGGUUCCACAAGUGGAAGGGACCCAAAGUUCGGCACCGCGGUGAGGACUAUGAAGCGUUCAAGAAGAAAUUCGAAGAACGGCUGCUGAACAUCCUAUACACUCAGUAUCCCCAAACGAAGGGCCGGGUGGAGUAUGUGAAUAUGGGCACACCUCUGGACACGAACUUCUAUUUGGGGAAGACACAGGGUGAAAGCUACGGACUGCAACAAACCAUGGCCAAGUCGCAAGCAGAUAUCGAAUGGCUCCUUCCCAAACCGAAGGUGGAGCAUUGGCCGAAAGGCUUACUGCUGGCUGGACAGGAUGUCACCGGCGAUGGCUUUGCUCCAGCGCUGGUCUCCGCCAUUUUCGCCAGCUGUGCCAUUGAAGGCUUUCUUCCCGGCUGGCUCAAUAUCGUCUCAAUGUUGGGAUUCCGCGGUACUCUGCGGGCACUGUUCUGA